AGUUCUAGAGACAGAGGAUCCGAUUCUUCGUUACCAGCAAUAGAUCAGUAUAACGAAACCGUGAAGAAUCAAAUUCAAGCACUUGCUCGUGUUAUCAAACUUGCUCGUACCUAUAGAGAUGACAAUGUCCCAUCCCAAAUCGAAGAGGGUCUCUAUCUUGGAUCCGUUGCAGCAGCUUGCAACAAGAAUGCCUUGAAGUCUUUCAACGUUACACAUAUCUUAACCGUAGCUAGCUCCUUGAGCCCAGCUCACCCUGAUGACUUUGUCUACAAGGUUGUUCGAGUUGUGGAUAAGGAAGACACGAACUUGGAGAUAUACUUCGAUGAGUGUUUCGAUUUCAUUGAUGAAGCCAAGAGACAAGGCGGUAGCGUUCUUGUGCAUUGCUUCAUCGGAAAAUCUCGGAGUGUCACUAUAGUUGUUGCUUACCUGAUGAAGAAACACGGUAUGACGUUAACCCAAGCAUUGCAACAUGUUAAGAGCAAAAGACCCGUGGCAAGUCCUAAUUCCGGUUUCAUCAGGCAAUUACAAGACCUCGAAAAGUCUCUGCAAGAGUUGUUCCAUUUGAGGAUGAAAAAGCAAGUGUUGUGGUGGAACAAGACGGUUCAUGUAAAUAACUCUUCUUACCCUGCAUCUUCCUCUCUCUCUUUAAAGCAGGGAAGCAAGAAUUUCAUGGGCCUUCGUCAAUUUGAGCCCAUCGUGGACCUUGCGAAACUUUGGGUCAUGAUGGAAAUACGAACUGCGAAGACACACAAAGGCAAGCGUGUACUCGAGACGCGAGCUCCUAAGUUGGUUGAAACUGGAAAGAAGACAUUGAUACUUCAUGGAACAAAGACGAGCGCUACGAUUAGCUCUGUGUUGAUGGAGCUGUACCGGCUUAAGAAGGGAGGCGCCAUUAAAUACUCGAGGAGGAAUGAGAACAUUAGGCCCUUUGAGAGUGGAGGUGAAACCUCAUUGGAGUUCUUCUCUCUCAAAACUGAUUGUAGCAUUUUUGUGUAUGGCUCUCACUCAAAGAAACGCCCUGACAAUCUUCUACUUGGGAGAAUGUACGAUCACCAUGUCUACGAUCUUAUAGAAGUUGGGAUUGAGAACUUCAAGUCCUUGCUAUCGUUUUCCUACGACAAGAAACUAGCACCUCAUGAAGGAUCAAAGCCUUUCAUUUGCUUUACUGGAGAAGGUUUUGAGAACGUACCAGAGCUCAGGCAGCUUAAAGAAGUCCUCACUGAUCUGUUUCGAGGCGAGGUUGUGGAUAAUAUAAACCUGACUGGAUUAGACCGUGCUUACAUAUGUUCAGCGAUAUCACCAACUAAGGUUUUCCUCACGCAUUGCGCAAUUAAGCUUAAGAAGUCAGGGACCAUCGUGCCUAGAAUAGAGCUUGUUGAAGUCGGUCCAUCCAUGGAUUUGGUUAUCCGGCGUAAUCGUCUUCCUAACGAAGGCCUAAGGAAAGAAGCAAUGAAGACAUCCAAAGAUAAGCCUAAGAAGAAGAUCAAGAACGUUGAACAAAACGAAGUUCGAGGGAAGCUUGGGAAGAUUUAUAUGCCAGAUCAGAAUGUUGGGAAAAUUCCAUUGCCGGAUAAAUCUAAGGGGGUGAAGAGAGAGCGGAGAGAGGCUAAGCUGAAGCAUAAGGAAGAAGGUUCUGCUUCCAAAAAGCAAAAAGAGUCUGAGUAACUCCAUAAAAACCCACUCGUGGCUAUAUCCAACAGUAGUUCAAUGUUGAGAUGAUUUUGCAGUGUAACAUGUGGUGUUUUUUUUACCAUUAGAAUCUAUUUCUGAAUGUUUUUAUACGCUUAUAUUUAUCGAGAUAAUUUUGUUUAAGUUUCUGCAGCAAAAGAAAAUGUUAAAGAAAGAACACUAGCAUUUGGUCCUUUAUCCGAUUACUACAACCUAAAAAGUAAAAAAGAACCAAGUUUCUC